AUGGCUCCACAUAAGCAAGAUACACCACAAACUACAGCGUCUUCUAAUGACCAAGAGAAUAUUAGUGAAGCUGUAGGUAGUGGAAAACAAAAAAUUUUAGCACGUAAUGUUCAUAAUAACCAUCAAAAACACUCAGAAGGAGCAUUAUAUACAAGUUCAUCAGAGUCGAGAAAUUACAAACAAUAUCAUGCUGGUUCUCAUGCACAUACACAUAGUGUAAUAGGAACAGGUACAACUAAUUAUAUUUACCAAGAUCGCCAGCAAUACACUACAAGUGAGGAUAAUACCAAUUUCGGUGCUUUCAGUAGUUAUGAUGGACAUCAUCAUGGUAAUGAAAUUGGUCAAGACGAAUCAAGUGACAUGUAUGGUCGUCGCCGUCGUCAAGUAUGUGUCCGACAGCAAACAAUUCGUUUACCAGACCAACCAGGUACUGUACGACAAGUGCGCCAAAGAUUACCUACACCUGAACCAGAUAUUGUCGAACGUAUUUAUAUUCGUCGCCAACAAAAUGAAAUUAUAGAAGAAAUCACUGAAGAACCAACAACACCUCCACCUCGUCUCCAAGAACGCACUGUUGUUGAACCAGCUGGACCCCCACAGGUUGUGCGCAAAGUAAUACGUGUACCACCUCGUCGUCACGACUAUCAAUCUCAACAACAAGAAACACUUGGUCACUAUGGAAGUUCAAGUGGUUCAAAUUUACCAGCAGCGGGUGAUGGUGCUUAUGCUGCAGGCUACGGACAAUCAGGCCAAGGAUAUAAUACCAACGGUAGUUACACUCAAUCGCAAACUACUGCUGGAAUUCAACAAGAAGGACCGCAAGGUUAUGGACAAACUGGUCAGCAAAGAUAUCAAGGACCACAGCAGCCAGCGGCCGGCACUCAUUUUGGUUAUAAUGUAUACAAUACCUCAAGUCAACCUAGCGCUGGAUUUUAUUCAUCUCAACAAGUAGCACCUCCAUCGAAUAUUCCACAAAAUGCCUUUUGUUUUGAAAUAGGAGGUGCAGGUGGUCCAGUACCUUUUGCACCUCAACCAGCACUUUCUAGCUAUGGCACAUUUCCUCAGGGUCUUAGUGGAUUAGCAGGAGUCGGAAACAGUGCAACACAAGGACUCGGAGGAGUAGCAUCGAAUUUCGGGGUAGAAUCGAACUUUGGAGCUAUGUCAAGUCUAGGAGCAGCACCAAAUUUUAAUGCAGGAACGAGUUUUGGAGCACCUUCUUUUGCACAGUCAUGUGCUAGUGGAGUUGGAGGAUUUUCUAGUGGCGGUGGUUUUAGUGGGGGACAACAAUCUAACCCUGGCAGCUACGGGGCCGGAACUAAUUUCGGAGGUGCAUUUUUUGGUGCCCAAGGCUUAGGAAAUCAGACAGCUCAAACUAAUCCGUUCACUGGCGGUUUUAGUGCCGGUACAAUGUCUUGUUGUGGGGGAUCGUUUGGCGGUAAUGGUGGAGGCGCUGGUUUUGGUGGUGGAGGUGGACUAAGUGGAUAUGGUAGUCCAAUGGGUGGUUUCGGUGGUCUUCCUAUGUUUGGUGGUGCAUCUUCAUUUGGAGGUGGAUCUUCAUUUGGAGGUGGAUCUCCAUUUGGUGAUAUGAAUUGUUGUCUUCCAGCUGCUCCACCAGUAGCAUGUGCUCCACCACCUAUCAUUCAACAUAUUCCAUAUCCUGUACCAGUACCACAACCACAACCUUGUCCAUAUCCUGUACCAGUACCACAGCCACAACCUUAUCCUGUUCCAUGUCCUGUACGAGAAUACGUAUCCGUACCACAACCUUGCCCAGUUCCUGUGCCAGUGCCAGUUCAAUCAACUCAGAUACAAUGUGUACCUGUACCAGUUCCACAACCAUAUCAAGUACCAGUUCCUGUAUAUGUCGAUCGUAUUGUCUGCCAGCCAGUUUGCGUCCCUGUUCCUCAACCAUAUCCACAACCAGUACCUGUACCUGUUCCUCAACCUUGUCCUGUACCAGUUCAUGUUCCAGGCCCUACUCAAUGUGUACCUGUACCCGUUCCUCAACCAUGCCCUGUGCCGGUGCCACAACCUUGCCCAUAUCCAGUUCAAGUUCCUAGUCCACCUCAAUGUAUUCCUGUUCCUGUUCCUGUACCCGUACCUCAAUGUGCACCACAAAUGCCUCAGCAACCAAUGUGUAUGCCACAACAACCCAUGUGUAUGCCACAACAACCCAUGUGUAUGCCAGCUCCGAUGCCUAUGGCUAAUCCAUGUGCUUCGUUCUCUAGUGGGCUUGGAGCCUAUGGUGGUGGACAGGGAGGCUUCGGUGGUGGACUAAGCGCUUAUGGUGGUGGACUAGGAGCUGCCAGUGGACAACUUGGUGGAGGUCUCGGCGGAUACGGUGGCAGUUUCGGUGGACUUGGAGGUUUACUUGGCGGUGGAGGAUUAGGUGGUUUUGGAGGAUUAGGUGGUUUUGGAGGAUCAGGUGGUUUUGGAGGAUCAAGUGGUUUUGGAGGAUCAGGUGGCUUUGUAGGGUCAGGUGGUUUUGGAGGGUCAGGUGGCUUUGGAGGGUCAGGUGGUUUUGGAGGAUCAGGUGGUUUGAUAUGCGGCGUGCCAAUUGGUUUUGGUGUAACAACAACCAUAAGUGGUGGCAGUCCUUAUGGACAGAAUUUAUAUGAAGAUUUUGGUGGAUAUGGAACCAAUCUUGAUUUUGGCUUCCCAGGUGUUCCAGUUGCCCCUAGUGGUCGAUAUCGUGGUUCCUUUCCCCAACGAUAUUAA